AUGUCACGAAAUAGAGACAGAUUAGGGAGAUUUGUAAAACAACAAAUUGAAAUUUUAGAAAACUCUCCUAAAUCGUCUUCUUCCACUCGUUCUCAUUCACCACCAUCACCCAUACUUCCUGCACUGCCAAUGAUGGCUCAACAACAGGAAAUCCAACCAAGAACGCUACAGGAUUAUCUACAUCCUACGCGUACGGCCACACCUUCAUGCAUAAUGUAUCCCAUGAAUAUGCCCAACUUCGAUUUCAAACCUGGCAUGAUUCAACUUUUACCAACCUUUCAUGGUAUGGAAAAUGAGAGUCCAUAUGUGCAUAUUCAGGCCUUCGAAGAGGUGGUGGCCACAUUCAACAACCAAGCUGACAUCAUUAACUUGGUGAGAUUGAAGUUCUUUCCUUUCUCACUCAAGGAUAAAGCCAAAAGCUGGUUGUAUUCCUUAAGGCCAAGGUCUAUUGGGACAUGGGAUGAGAUGACAAAAGUAUUUUUCUCUAAAUUUUUUCCACCCCAUAAGACCAGCAGCCUUAAGAGGCAAAUCUCUACCUUCACCCAAAAGGACCAUGAAACAUUUCAUCAGGUCUGGGAGAGGUUUAAAGAUUUGAUGGGCCAGUGCCCACAUCAUGGAUACGAAAGUUGGCGUCUUGUCAGCUAUUUCUACGACGGUCUCACAGCCGACAAAAGACAAUUCGUACAAAUGAUGUGCAAUGGCGACUUCCUACAGAAAGAUCCCGAAGAAGCUUUGGAAUAUCUUGAAGAAAUUUCUGAAAAAUCAUACACAUGGAGUGCGCCAAGUCCUACAGACAAGCCACGAACAGCCGGAGUCUACCAAUUGAAGGAGGAGGACAGUGUGAAAGCUCAACUUGAAGCUUUGAAAAAACAAUUUGAGGCUUUCAAAACUCAAGAAGGUAAAGCACUCCAGAUCGCUGCAAAAGUGGAAAAGCAAGAACCAUGCUUCAUUUGUGGAGGGACUGAUCAUCAACCACAAGAGUGCCCUAGUCUUAGUAUGUUGAGGGGAGAAGAUGAGGAACCGUGUAAUGCCUUAGGGGAUUACAAGAAGCCUUAUAAUGCCUACUCCAACACAUACAAUCCUGGUUGGCGUAACCAUCCCAAUUUCAGUUGGAAGGAUACAAGUCAAAAUCAAGCAUCUGGGAGCCAAUGGAGGCCUGAUCAACAAAAGAAUUCUCUUGAGAGUUCCAUGAAAAUUCUCGCAGAAUCCCAACUAGAGUUCAGGACUUAUUUCACUCAGGUGAUAGAGGAAUUGAAGGACAUAAAGAUUCAAAUAACAAAGUUAAAUGAUUCUUCAGUCAUUCAAGAGCGUGGUAAGCUUCCCGCUCAGCCUCUAAUCACUCCCAAAGGGCAACAUAUGGCACAAACCUCCGCUCCUUCAGAGUCUAAUCUCAAAGGGGUUAAUGCUAUUACUACCCGAAGUGGUCAAAGUACGGUAUCACCAUUACCUAAGACCACUAGUGUACCAAUGCCCGCUCCAGAUGCUGAUGUGCCACAGAACCUUCCAAUGUAA